AUGAGGCUGCCGUGGGACCUGGUCUGUCUUGUCCCCUUAAGCUGUUUGUGCUGGGCUUUAGACCGGGAGUCUGGUAGCAAUGUCAUUUUAGCCGCUGGUCCUCUCACCAACAAUUUGCUGCCAAACCUGAAUGACCCCUUGGGAAACCAGGGCGCCCACGUGGCAGCAGGUGACAGGGACAAGGAGGUUUACCUUUGUCAGCAGCCACUACCUGCGUUUCUGCCCGAGUACUUUGGCAGUCUUCGUUCCAGCCAGGUCACCCAUUAUAAAGUCUUUCUGCCAUGGGCACAGCUUCUCCCAACAGGAGUGUCCAAGGAUGCAGACGAGGGUGCUGUGCAGUGCUACCGGGGACUCCUGGAGGCCCUGGUGGCCGCCCAGCUGCAGCCCAUGGUCAUCCUGCACCACCGGACGCUCCCCACCAGCAUCACCCAGAGAAGCCAAGACUUUGCUGACCUCUUCGCCGACUAUGCCACGUUCGCCUUCCACUCCUUCGGGGACCUGGUGGGGAUAUGGUUCACUUUCGGUGACGUGGAGGAGGCGAUGAGGGAACUUGGCCUGCAGGACUGCAGAGCAUCCGGGUGGCGGGCCCUGGCAGAGGCGCACAGAAGGGUCUACGAGAUCUACCACCACAAGUUUGCCACUCACGGGGGAACGCUCUCUGUGGUCCUACCAGCCGACCAGCUCGCCGAGCUCCUGCUACAACCAGCUACGUCUGCACUUGCCAAGGACUCAGUCGAUUUCCUCUCACUUGAUUUGUCCUAUGAAUGCCAACGUGAGACGACUUUACCGCAGCAGCUGAGGAAAUUACAGACCAUUGAGCCCAAAGUGAAACUUUUCAUCUUCAACCUUAAACUCCAGGACUACCUCUCCCCAAGGAAGAACCCUUUCACGCUGCUCUUUAGCCUGAUCGAAGCUAUCAAUGAAGAACACGUGCUCACCAUUGGGUUUGAUAUUAAUGCAUUCCUGCACUGUCCGUCUGGCUCCAAGGAAAGUUGGUCCUGCAGCAGCAACACUUGUCACCUGACCCUUCAGGACCAACAGCAGGACAAGAUGGCUACAAGCUCCUCUUCCAUCUCUGCCUACCGGACGGUCUGGGAAAUGUUUGGGAACCAGUCUCAAGCAGAAAGGGAUGCUUUCCUGGGGGAUGUUUUCCCUGAAGACUUCCUCUGGGGAGUUUCCACAGGAGCCUUUAAGGUGGAGGGAGGCUGGGCUGAAGACGGAAGGGGACCAAGCAUCUGGGACCAACGUGAUCACCAGGAAGCUGCAGAGGGCCAAGCAACGUCAGAGGUGGCCAGUGAUAGUUACCACAAGGUGGACUCUGAUGUGGCCCUGCUUCGUGGUCUCCAAGCGCAGGCCUACAAGUUUUCCAUCUCCUGGUCCCGUCUGUUCCCCACUGGGCACAGCAGCAGCCUGAGCCCCCGCGGCGUGGCCUACUACAACACGCUGAUCAACCGCCUGCGGGACUCCCACAUCCAGCCCAUGGUGACCCUGUUCCACUGGGACCUGCCCCAGGCCCUGCAGGCUGGGGGCGGGUGGCAGAAUGAGAGUACUGGGGAGGCCUUCCUGGAGUAUGCAGCCUUCUGCUUCUCCACGUUUGGAGACCGCGUGAAGCUGUGGGUGACCUUCCAUGAGCCAUGGGUGAUGAGCUACGCGGGCUAUGGCACCGGCCAACAUGCGCCAGGCAUCUCGGACCCAGGAACGGCCUCUUUUAAGGUAGCUCACUUGGUCCUCAAGUCUCAUGCCAGAGUUUGGCACCACUACAACCGUCACCACCGGCUGCAGCAGCAGGGGUCUGUGGGCAUUGUUUUGAACUCAGACUGGGCAGAGCCCCUGUCCCCAGAGAAGCCCGAGGACCUGAACGCCUCCGAGCGCUUCUUGCACUUCAUGCUGGGCUGGUUUGCACACCCCAUCUUUGUAGAUGGGGACUACCCCGCUGCCCUGAGAGCUCAGAUCCAACAGAAGAACGAACAGUGCUCCAGUCCUGUGGCCCAGCUGCCCGAGUUCAGUGUGACAGAGAAACAGAUGCUGAAAGGAUCUGCUGACUUUCUGGGUCUGUCUCAUUACACCUCCCGCCUCAUCACUGAAGCCCAGCAAAACAGCUGCCUCCCCACCUAUGAUGCCAUUGGGGGCUUCUCGCAACAUGUGGAUCCUGCAUGGCCUCAGACUUCUUCCCCUUGGAUUCAUGUGGUUCCCUGGGGUAUAAGGAGGCUGCUGAAGUUUGUAUCCUUGGAAUACACAAGAGGAAAAGUUCCAAUCUACCUGUCUGGGAAUGGUAUCCCCAUAGGAGAGAGCGAAAACCUCCUCGAUGACUCCUGGAGAGUAGACUACUUCAACCGGUCGAUCAACGAGGUACUCAAAGCUGUCAAAGAAGAUUCAGUGGAUGUUCGUUCGUAUAUUGUUCGUUCCUUCAUCGAUGGCUUUGAGGGCCCCUCUGGCUACAGUCAGAGAUUUGGGCUAUACCAUGUCAACUUCAACGACAGCAGCAAGCCAAGGACGCCCAGGAGCUCUGCCUUCUUUUUCACCGACAUCAUUGAAAAGAAUAGCUUCCGCACCAAGGCAGGGCAUGGGCUGCCACCACCUAGCGCAUCAAAUGCCCCCCCCAAAAUUAGAGCCUUUAAUUUUCCAUCUGAGGUGCCCUCCAAGGCAAAAGUAGUUUGGGAAAAGUUCUCGAACCAACCCAAGUUUGAAAGAGAUUUGUUCUACCACGGCACGUUUCGGGAUGACUUUCUGUGGGGUGUGUCCUCUUCAGCCUAUCAGAUUGAGGGAGCUUGGGACACCCAUGGGAAAGGCCCUAGCAUUUGGGAUAACUUCACCCACACCCCAGGGAGCAAUGUGAAAGGCAACGCCACUGGAGACAUAGCCUGUGACAGCUACAAUCAACUGGAGGCCGAUCUGAACAUGCUGCGAGCUUUGAAGGUGAAGGCCUAUCGCUUUUCCAUCUCUUGGUCUCGGAUUUUUCCAACUGGGAGAAACAGUUCGAUCAACAGUCAUGGUGUUGAUUAUUACAACAGGCUGAUCAAUGGCUUGAUAGCAAGCAACAUCUCUCCCCUGGUGACACUUUUCCACUGGGACCUGCCGCAAGCCCUCCAGGAUAUCGGAGGCUGGGAUAACCCUGCCAUGAUUGAGUUGUUUGACAGCUAUGCGGAUUUCUGUUUCCAGACCUUUGGUGACAGAGUUAAGUUCUGGAUGACUUUUAAUGAGCCCACAUUCCAGGCCUGGUUGGGUUAUGGCUCAGGGGAUUUCCCUCCACAGGUGAAGGACCCAGGCUGGGGACCUUACAGGAUUGGCCAUGCUAUCCUCAAAGCUCAUGCCAGAGUCUAUCACACUUACGACGAGAAGUAUAGACAGAAGCAGAAGGGAGUGAUUUCAAUAAGCCUCAGUGCACACUGGGCAGAACCCAAAUCGCCAGGGGUCCUGAGAGACGUGGAAGCAGCUGACAGAGUGCUGCAGUUCUCCUUGGGCUGGUUUGCCCACCCCAUCUUCAGAAAUGGAGAUUAUCCCGAUGCCAUGAAGUGGAAAGUGGGGAACAGGAGUGAACUACAGCACCUGGCCGCUUCCCGCCUGCCGAGCUUCACCGAGGAAGAGAAAAGAUUGAUUAGGGGCACAGCAGAUGUCUUCUGUCUCAACACAUACUAUUCCAGGCUCGUGCAGCAUAAAACACCCAGACUAAACCCACCUUCCUAUGAGGAUGACCAGGAGGCAACCGAGGAGGAAGACCCCUCGUGGCCUUCUACCGCCAUUUACAGGGCUGUGCCCUGGGGGCUGCGAAGACUGCUGAACUGGCUCAAAGAAGAGUACGGUGACCUCCCCAUUUACAUCACCGAAAAUGGGAUGGGGCUAACCAAUCCCAAAGUGGAGGAUACCAACAGGAUAUUUUACCACAAAACCUACAUCAAUGAAGCUUUGAAAGCCUACAGGCUUGAUGGUGUAAACCUUCGAGGAUAUGUGGCAUGGUCUCUGAUGGACAACUUUGAAUGGCUGAAUGGUUACACAGUCAAGUUUGGACUGUAUCACGUUGAUUUCAAUGAGUUAACUAGGCCCCGAACAGCAAGAGCCUCCUCCAGCUACUACACAGAGGUCAUUACCAACAAUGGCAUGCCACUGCCCAAGGAAGACGAAUUUCUCUAUGGACAGUUUCCCGAUGGCUUCCUCUGGAGUGCGGCUUCCGCUGCAUAUCAGAUUGAAGGUGCGUGGAGAGAAGAUGGCAAAGGACUCAGUAUUUGGGACACGUUUUCUCACACCCCCUUGAAAGUGGGGAACGAUGACACUGGAGAUGUGGCCUGUGACAGUUACCACAAGAUUGCUGAGGACCUGACAGCCCUGCAGAACCUGGGUGUGUCCCACUACCGCUUUUCCAUCUCCUGGUCCCGUGUCCUCCCGGAUGGAACCACCAAGUACAUCAACACAGCAGGCCUGGCCUAUUAUGUGCGGCUCAUAGACGCGCUGCUGGCUGCCAACAUCAAGCCCCAGGUGACUAUUUACCACUGGGACCUGCCCCAGGCACUGCAAGAUGUCGGUGGCUGGGAGAACGAGACCAUUGUCCAGAGGUUCAGAGACUAUGCAAAUGUGCUCUUUGAACGGCUGGGAGACAAGGUGAAGUUUUGGAUCACGCUGAAUGAACCCUUUGUGGUUGCUAACCAGGGCUAUGGCUAUGGGACUGCAGCUCCAGGGAUCUCCUUUAGGCCUGGUACUGCCCCCUACAUUGUCGGCCACAACCUAAUAAAGGCUCAUGCUGAGGCCUGGCAUCUAUAUAACGACAUGUAUCGUGCCAAGCAAGGGGGAAUCAUUUCCAUCACCAUCAAUAGUGACUGGGCUGAACCCAGGAACCCCUCCAACCAAGAGGAUGUGGAAGCAGCUAGGAGAUACAUUCAGUUUAUGGGAGGCUGGUUUGCACAUCCAAUCUUCAAGAACGGAGAUUACAAUGAGGUGAUGAAGACACGAAUUCACGACAGGAGCUUGGCAGCUGGCCUCAGCAAGUCUCGGCUCCCGGAAUUUACGGAGACGGAGAAGAGGAGGAUCAACGGCACCUAUGACUUCUUUGGGUUUAAUCACUACACCACUGUCCAGGCCUACAACCUCAACUAUGGUCCUUGGAUCUCCUCCUUUGAUGCGGACAGGGGAGUCGCUUCCAUCACAGAUUGGUCUUGGCCAGACUCUGGCUCCUUCUGGCUCAAGAUGACACCUUUUGGCUUCAGGAGGAUCCUGAACUGGAUCAAGGAGGAGUACAACAACCCACCAAUUUAUAUAACAGAGAACGGUGUGUCCCAGCGAGAUGCGGACCUCAAUGACACAGCGAGAAUCCACUACCUCCGCACUUACAUCAACGAGGCCCUCAAAGCUGUGCAGGAUAAGGUGGAUAUCAGAGGAUACACGGCUUGGAGUGUGAUGGACAACUUCGAGUGGGCCACAGGCUUUGCUGAAAGGUUUGGGCUGCACUUUGUGAACUACACUGACCCUUCUCUGCCAAGGAUCCCCAAAGAGUCAGCCAAGUUCUAUGCCUCCCUAACUCGAUGCAAUGGUUUCCCGGACCCAGCUGCAGGGCCUCACCCUUGUCUCCAAUCAGAAGGUGCAGUUCCCACCGUCAGUCCUGUGGGAGAGGUGAAUGUUUGGUUCCUGGGGCUAGCACUAGCUACAGUCGAAGCACAGACCGCUUUGUACGUACUCUUUGUUCUUCUGCUUCUUGGAGUCGGUACCAUAAUAUUUCUUUCAUACAAAUACUGCAAGCGCUCCAAGCAAGAGAACACACAGGCAAGCCAGCAAGAAUUGAGUCAUUUCUCCUCAUUCUGACCCGCCUCCACAAGCUCGAUGAAGUGGGCUGCCCACAAAAUCCUUAGAAUCUUAGUUGCCCACACGCAAUUUUGUAAAAGUCUUCUAUGUUGUUAGAGACUACUUGGAUCUUAAAGGAUUCCGAGUCCCUGAUUAUAAGAUAUGCAUGCAUCUCAUCCCUGUUGGGAUGAAUAGCCUUCUGGGGGGGUUCUUGUGAGUGAAAAUGUAAAGAUACUAGUCCAGUGGUUCUGCGAGUCACUUAACUGGGUUGAGUUGCUGGGGAUUACCGAGUCUUUAAAGGUAAAGACCAAAGCAGUUUUAAGUAAGAAAUCCCCUCCAAGAUCAAUGUCAUCUCCUGACAGAACUUUUUGCGCCGUUUCUCAGAAAAUAAAGAUGGUCAUGUGAACCACGUGGUGUCUCCAAAGACUGUCGUGAGAAACUAGACAUAAGGGAAGUUAUGAAGUCACACAGGCCUUUAGGGCGCGUACUUAGCUCUCCCAUUAGACCAAAGCAUUCUGCUUUAUAUUUCUCGGGGUGGAGGUUGCUAAUUUCAAGGUCAGAAGUUCAACUCCAUCAGCCACACCACAGGAGAAAGACCUGG